UCGACUCCACCACCACCAUUCGCCACAUGAGCUGUGACGAGGGCGAGAUGAGCCGCCGCCGCCCACUCUCGCCGGCGGUGGCGGCGGCGCCGCUGGAGGACGACAACCUGCUCUCUGAGAUCCUCCUCCGACUCCCUCCAGAUCCUUCAUCCCUCCCUCGCGCAUCCCUCGUCUCCAAGCGCUGGCUCGGCCUAAUCUCUGACCCCGGCUUCUCCGGCCGCUUCCGCCUCCACCACCGCAGCAACCCUCCCCUACUCGGUUUCUUCGACGACCUCCGCUUCAUACCAACAAUGGCUCCCCCCAAUCGUGUCCCGUGUGGCCACUUUCCCUCGUGCAUCGACGACGACUACGGCCUCGGCUACUUCAUACCCUUGGGAUGCCGCCAUGGCCUCGUACUCAUCUUCGACCUUUCGCGGAAGCUGCUCCUGGUGUGGGACCCCUUCAACGUCGACCAGCACCGCCUUGCCGUUCCCCCUGAGUUCGAUAUGGAGAAGGCCCGGUUCAGCGGGGCUGUGUUUCGCGCCGCCGGAGACAUCCGACGCUUUCAGGUGGUCUUGGUAACCACAGAGACAGAUGAGCAACAACAUCCACGGGUCAUCGCCCGCGUUUACUCGUCGGAGACUGGAGGAUGGGGCGAUCGCAUCUCAACACCACUACCAUCCAAACUUCCCACCAAGAGACGUAUGGUCUUUACCAUGGAUGUGCUAGUUGGGCAUUCCCUUUACUGGUUGUUUAAUGACAGAUCGGCAAAAACUCCAAUAUUGGAUGGCAUACUUGAGUUUGAUUUGGAGAGGCGGAUCCUAGCUGUGAAACCGGUGCCAGUGUGUAUUCCCAAGGAAAACAUAUGGCAAUUCCAGGUUAUGCAGGCAGAGGGUGGUGGCCUUGGCAUUUUCUUUCUGUCAAAUUUCAGCGCCCAAUUAUGGGAGAUGGAGACCGAUUGUGAUGGCGCUGCUUCAUGGGUGCUAGGAAGAACUGUUGAACUGGAUAAGCUACUUCCCAUUGAUUCAGGGAAGAAGAAGAGAUGGCAUCGAUGGCACCGAAGUAUACAGGGGUUUGCUGAAUACAAUAACGUGGUGUUCCUACGGACACACACCGACCUCUUCAUGAUCCAGCUUGAGUCACUGCAAUUCAAGAAAGUUUCCAAAACCAACAUCUCGGGGUGGUAUCUUCCAUUCGAAAGUGUCUUUGUUGCAGGUAUUAGGAGGAGGUCCAGAGAUGGGCUUGGGUUGGGCGUAGGUUCUUCUGUUCCGUAUGGCUGAGAACGAGAUGCAAAAUGGCCUGUUGGGGUGUUCCUGUGGUGUGCUCCCUCUUCGCACUACCACAACGGAGAACUGUGCGGUGGACUUUUAGGAAUUUGACCGCGUAUUUUGCUAAUCCGCAUCAAUUAUGUAAUGUUGAACUUUUAUCUGGUCCUUCCUAUUGAAUGUUGAAUGUUGAGCUGCAACUGUCUGCCUGCCUGGUACUCUACCUUCUUUCUCUUUUACCUUAGGACGCGGUGACUGAAAGAUGCCUGAUUUUUGGUA